AUGCAUGUUUAUGAGAUGAAUAUUACUAAUAAAUAAAAUAUAAAAACAAAAGAUAUUUCUGUGAUAAGGGGUGGUAAUUGUAGGUUUUUCUUUCCUUAAUAAUAUAUACAUUCAAAAUUUUUACUUGUUAAUAAGAAUGGUUAUUAUGUUAAUUUGAUAUGGAUAAACAAAAAUGGUGAUUUUAUAUCAUUAUAAUCUAUUGAUUUUGGAACUAGUGAUCUAUAUGGAUAAAUGAGUGAAGAUAGUAUUUGA